AUGGGCGAGGGCGAGUGUUUUGGUGAGAUUGCGGUGCUGAUCGAGGGCAAGCGGACGGCGUCGAUUGUGGCCGAAACAUAUGUCGAGGCGUACGAGCUGAGCAAGGAAGCACUCGUGGCGGCGCUGGAGCACUACCCGGAGCAGAAGAAGGCUCUGGUGCGCGUGGGCGAAGAGCGGCUUAUCAACGACAUGAAGAAGGCGCGCAAGGCGGCACGGGCGGUGCAGCUUCCAGACCACCCGAUGGACGAGUACGCGCGGCGAGUCAAGGUCGUGGCGGAGCUAGUUGCUGAGGCUGUGAGCGAGCGGCGUGCAGGAGAGGCGCACGAGCGGGCAAAAGAGCUGGUGGCGAUCGCGGGCGCAGCCAUGGCGCAGGUGCCUGAGCGUCUCUCUUGGCUUCGUGGCGCAACCGGGACUGCCCGCAACCAGCUUCGCGCCCUCCUGGAAUCGAUCUUUGGCGACGGACCACCCAAGCGGAAGCGGCCAGACCUCGACGAGGUGGCGAGCGGGUGUACCGAGCUGGCACAGGCAGCACGAGCCAUGGUGUUCACGGUCGAAAUGGGCGAGUGCCUUCUCCGGGUCCCGUUUCUGGCCAAGACCGACGAGGCGUUCCGCGACGCACUCCUGCGCGAGUCCACCGUCCACGACUACGACGACAACGCCAAGCUGAUCAAUGCAGGCGAGGCCGGUCACGAGCUGUUCUUUCUGGUCGACGGCGCAGUCGAGGUCAUACUCCCGAACGGCGCGCGGGUGGGCAAUCUGGUGACCGGCGAGUACUUUGGCGAAAACGGAGUUUUCUCGGACGCGCUACGGACAGCAAGCGUAUGGGCGAUCACGCCCGUGACAGCUGCCGUGCUGACGCGUGACGGGCUCGAGCGGGUCUUUGCUGCUCGAGCCGACGGCGAGGCGCUGCGGGCGUCGAUCGUGGAGCAGCACGACAACGAGACAAAGACGAUCGAGUUUGAGCGGCUGAGUCUUCGGCGCAGGUUCAAGGAGUCGCUCCGAGUUCUUGCCGCUGAAAUAUGGGCCCGCUCAUUGCGGAGCUUCCGCGGCUGGAGCAGGCCGUCCUCGCAGACAUGGCCGGACUCGAUGGCGGGGUGCUCGAGGCCAUUCCGCAAGUUUGUGCGAGUGUGA